GCGAACGUUACAGAAAUGAUGGAUAUAGACAUUCAGUCCCGGAAAAGAGACGCUGCCAAGGCUUUGGAAAAGUCACGACAAAUUCUCGAACCCAGAGAGAAGCGUCAGAUGCAAGGUGAAGUCAACAACGCCUCUGUUUCAACCGUGUAUAAACACCCAGACCUCGACAACAAUACAUCCCGGAAAUAUGACGUCGCUGACAGUGGUCCGUUUGUGGUACACGUAUCUCGAGAAGCAGCACCCAAUGCAGGAACCUCUUUACAACCUAUCAGAGUAGGCCAAUUGUUUGCUAGAGACAGUGUCCCUGGUAUCAAAAGGGACGGUAUUAAAGCCCUAGGACGUAAUCGCGUUGCCGUCGAAUGUAAAUCACCAGCCGACGCCAAUAACCUCAUCUCAAACCAAUGUUUGACUCGCAACAAACUAAUAGGAGUAAUCCCAUCCUAUCAUGUCUCUCGUAUGGGUCUGGUCCGCGGUGUUCCUGUGGAUUGGUCGAUGGACGAAUUUGUAUCCGCUACAGAAUUGAAAGAGGGCACAGGAAAAAUCCUGAAAGCCCGCCGCCUGCAACGUAAAGUUACCAAGGACGACGGCUCCCCAUCUUGGAUCCCUACUCAGUCCGUAGUCGUUACAUUUGAAGGUCAAACCCUUCCAUCAAAACUAUACGCCUGCUACACGUCACUAAAUGUAGAAGUGUAUGUUCUCCCUACUAUCCAGUGCAGAAAAUGCCUGCGCUUUGGCCACAUUCAGACACAAUGCAGAUCUGAUGCUCGAUGCUAUAAAUGUGCCCAAAAACACCCUGGAGAAACCUGCAACGUGGCACCGGAACAUAUUUGCUGCCUGUUCUGUACAGGCCGCCACUUGGCUACUGACAAAAAUUGCCCAGAAUUUGGUAGACAAAAGUCAAUUAAGCUACUUAUGUCAGAACACAACAUCUCCUACCAGGAGGCUGCAGCUCGUACUCCUGCUGUGCGUAAGACUUUUGCCGAAAUUGCUAACACAAUGUUCAGUACCCCACCACCAGCGUCCCCACGCAGACCUUCCACUACUGAGCCUCCCUGUACAUCAACGUCAUACCGCAAGACAAUAUACCGUCCAGUUAGACCAAGGACCCCCCUUUCUCCCGGAUACGACCGUCGAGCUCUCCAGAACAUUACUUCUACUCCCCAAUCUCAGAUGCCAAACGGACACGCUCUUAACCACCAUCCCUACAAUGAUGAUGUUCCCCCUACUGACAACUUUAUACAGUCCGGUGUUGCCUUCCUUGAGGGCAUGAUCACCAGGUUAAGAGACUUAGUACCGCCCAACGUUGCCCAAGACAUGAACUCUCUAAAACAAUCUCUAUCAAGUUUAACCUUUGACAAUGGCUACUAUGGCCUCAUUCCUUCAGUGGAAUAGCCGUAGCAUUAAUUUAAGAAAGCCAGAUCUAAUUAAUCUAAUAAACUCGCACUCCGUAACUGUUGCGGCCAUCUCGGAGACAUGGUUACGACCGGGUUCCCGGUUCCGGGUCUCGGGAUUCUCAUGCCUCCG